CGCGGCCACGACCCGGAAGAGACCGUGGAUGAUACCUUUGGAGGCCGAGGGGCUUUACCCGCGUUACCGGCGUUACCCGGGUAACGUUACCCAGUUUCCACCACCGCGUUACCGGGGUUACCCGGGUAACGUUACCCAGUUCCCACCACCACGUUACCGGGGUGACCGCCGCCAGGGACCACGGUACCCGCGUCUCGCGAACAAAGUUGCCUGCGUGAGGCGGGGUUACCCUCUGGGUUACCCAGCGUCAUGAGCUGGUGGGCACGACGCCAGGAGCCUCCGGCGGCGCCUUCUGUUCUCCAGUCGCACCGACAGUUGCAGAUCCAGUCGCUGCAGGCAGCCAUCCCGGGGACGGUGGAGGUGCAGAAGGACAUUGUGUAUAACGUGCCAGCAGUCAUCGACAACCAGACACUCACCAUCAACGUGUUUCUCCCACCACAGUUUCCCCAGGAUCGCCCGGUCGUGCACGUUAUGCCGUAUGUUCGUCACCCUUGGCUCAACGAGAAAUGCCAGGUCAUCGGCUCCCCUGCCAUCAAUGGGUUUGUCAUACAGUCUGACCUGGGAAAAGCGGUGGUCAGCGUCUUGGAGGAAUUCAGGACAAACCCUCCUUGUUUUGGAGCCUCUCGUGCUCCCUAUUCCACUCAGCCAAUAGGCUUUGCUCCGCCUGCCGUGACCUCUCACCCUGCCGUGACCUCUCACCCUACCGUCACCUCGCACUCUGACACGACCCCCUUGGGCAAGGACACGAGAACACAGAAGGGCGUUGAAAGUUCAGACAUUUUUGCACAAGUGGCGGAGAUGAGCGUGUCGGAGCUGCGAGCACUCUCGGACUCUGAUGAGCGACUCGGGGCGCUCGUGCUCACUCACUCGGCCGUCGCGACGUUUUGGGAGGAGACGGUGGUACAAGCGACGAGAAACGAGGCGCUGGCACAUGAAAACUUGUCCAUGAAACCUCAGCUGGAUUGCAGACGCAAUGAGUUUCUGCAAAAGUGUGAGGAGUUGAAUCGCUUCAAGUCGGCGUUUGACAAGAAGGUUGAAAAACAGCAUGAGAUGAAUGAGCUCCUAGGAGUGAGUGUACUGGAGGCUCGUCUCAAAGUGGCCGCCCUCCAGGCGGAGGAAGAGUCCGAGGCGUCUGCCGAGCGCUUCCUGGAUGGGAGUUGCAGUCUUGAAGACUUCCUGCCCGCGUUCAUGGAGUCACGAACGCUCUACCACAUGAGGAAAGCAAAGGAGGAGAAACUUCUUCAGCUACUGUGAAGACCGCCCUCCCUCGGCAUCCCAGACCUCACAAACUGGACUCUCUCAACCGUGGGGGGGGGGGGGGGGGGGGGGCGGGAGCGACCGACACCUACGGGCCCCCAUCAGCCACAAUCGGAUAAAAGUGCGCGAUGGAGGGGUGUGGCCCUCGUCAUAGAAACGUGGAAUUGUCACCAAUGGCUCGGAGCGGCCAGCGGACAUGAGUGCUGCCUCAUGCCUCACUUGAGCACGGAGACACUUUGCCUUGUAUGUUUAAAAAAAAUCAAAAUAAAAUGUGCUGCCUUGGCAGAUUGCGGGUUGUAUAUAAACAGAAGGCGUCUGUUAAAUCGUAUUUGUGAAAUCGGAAUCGAUAUUCUCAAGUCGUGAGCCUGUAACGAAAUUACCUAGAAUGCACUAAACUCAUCAGGUCUUGAGGGUUAGGCAGGUUUGACCAUGCAUAGUGCUUGGAUGGGUGACCACCAUGCAUGACGCAGGUGUGAUGGGCUGCUGCAGAGGCAUGUGGUUAAUGAACAGCAAUGGAAAUAGAUUUUUGUGCUGCGCUUCCAUACUCCCCUCCUUAAACCCAUGCUGCGGAGUGUUGAGGUAUGGCCAAGUAAGCCCCAUGAUCCGCAAGACAUUCAGCAGUAGAUUGACACGAGGCCUGCACAUGUGCAUUCACAUUUUAUAGUGGCGUUAGAUUUUACUGGUUCCUCAUCGGCAGUGUGGCCUCUCAAAUUCAAGGCUAUGGAUCGAGCAGUUGCAGAGAAAAAAAUAAACCGAUCAUCUGAGGUGUGACGUCAUUGCUUUAUCAUGAGAUGGCAUCCCCCAGUGGGAAAGAGCUUAUCCUGUUAAAUUGACAAUUAGUGGCGUCAUCGGAUGGGAUGUUAUACAGUCCUGCUUUAGUGACGUCACUUUGAGGUGAGGCAGACAAUCUUAUUCUUAUGUGAUUCCAGACCUGCUGUUGUGCGAUGAUGUCAUUCUAUUCGUAUUCACAGCGAGUUGUGCUUUAAUGCUGUCAUUUUAUAAGCCACUUGUGUGGAAGCUUUAAAUGUUGCGUGACGUCAUCGUAAGAGGGUCCGAUGAUCAUUGUGACGUCAUGCAUCAUGUUACGUCAUCGUCUCAACUGAACGUUAACGCCCUUUCUGCAUAAGCACCAUUGCCUAAAAGGCCGCUUUUACAUAUUUUUAUUUAACGAUAUUUUCCCUUAUCGUUUAUUUUCAUAACGAUUGGGAUCUGACCCCGCUCCUCCCGGUGAGCUACGUACAUGCCAUUCCUUACCGACGUCGAGCAGAUGACGUCAUCUUGGCUUGCGGCGUCAGUGGCGUCAACCGACCCACACGACGUCACCCGGAUCGAGAUUACUCACCGUCACGUCGCCUCCGUUGAGACGCGUUGAGUGACGUCAUCGCAUUUUGAUUUAUGGCAAAUGGGACUGAUGACGUAAUAUGCGCGGGGGAGGGGGUGCGAGGGUUUCUGUUGGUGACGUCGCACCCGUUGUGAGUGACGUCAUCGCAUUUUUCCGGGGAACCCCCCCCCCCCGAGCAACACGCGCGGGCUUUGCCGUAAAGCUAAUAAAAACCUGUUUUUACGACGGCGGCGUAAAGCGAUUCACCUGUCAAUCUUUUUGCAACCGCGUCGUAAAGCGAGUACCCCCACCCACAAUUUCUCUGCAGUGGGACCCCAUCACAAAUAAGCUGCCCCCCCCAAAAACAAAUAAAACAUGCUUCAAGUCGCUUUAACUAUUGUCAUUGUAAUGCGUAU